AUGCAUAAUCUUCUCGGAGCCUCACCACCUUCUCCAGCGCUGCCAGCGCAAUCACCCUCAGAAUCUCUACCACCUACAUCGAAUCCAACCCCAAACCCAACUUCAGACCCUUCUUCGCACCCGAACAAUCCGAACAACUACGCAGUCCUUCCUCCUCCCGCAGAUGGUGACCAUGGCCAUCUUCCUCCACCAGCAAACGCACCUUCUUCUUUGGCUGUAGCCCUCCGAUCGCUAAACGAUUUGACCGAAACCCCCACCUAUGCGCGAAGUGUCACUUCGACAGCGCCGAGCUCGCCACGCAUCACUGGCGAUCCCGCUUUUGGGAAUCCUCAAUUGACGUAUGGAAAUAGUCCUCCAUUGCGACAAAAUUCGGGCGGUCACACACCACGAGUGCGACCUCAUGCCACAACACUCAACAUCCCGGGCAUGACCCGGUCCAGAGUCUCGCCCGACGGAAAGAUUUCUUCUCGUGAUGUUGCUGCCAAGCUUGUUAUCGUCAUGGUUGGCUUGCCAGCUCGAGGAAAGUCAUACAUCACCAAGAAGCUUCAAAGAUAUCUUUCUUGGCAACAGCAUGAUUCUCGCAUUUUCAACGUUGGAAAUCGAAGACGUGUGGCUGCUGGGCGCAGAGUUUCUGUGCACCCCAAGCUGCAGCCAGAGGGAGAGCACCUGGACCCCCCUGUACACGCCGCCUCCAUUUUGCUAAACGGCAAUCCCACACCCUUUGGCCCUGAUCAGUCAGAGCCGGAGAAGCUUGACCUUAACGAUGCUGCUCAGUCAGAGGUGGACCAGUCUGCCACAUUCUUCGACCCCAAGAACCAAACGGCGGCUGCCAUGCGCGAGCAAUGUGCCAUGGAUACUUUGGACGAGCUGCUGGACUAUCUGCUGGACCAGGGGGGUGCUGUCGGCAUUCUCGACGCCACAAAUAGUACCAUUGAGCGAAGAAUGAACAUUGCUAAGCGCGUUAAGCAACGGGAGCCCAAGCUGGGUAUCCUCUUCAUUGAGAGUAUCUGCCAGGAUCCCAACCUUCUCGAGGCAAACAUGCGUUUGAAGCUCUCUGGCCCUGACUAUCGCGACAAGGAUCCCCAGAAGUCAUUGGCAGAUUUCAAGAAGCGAGUCGCCGCCUAUGAGAGCGCAUAUGUCCCUCUAGGCGAGUACGAAGAGAAGAACGACUUGCAAUACAUCCAGAUGGUUGACGUGGGACGAAAGCUCAUUCAACAUCGAUUGAAAGGUUUCCUCAGCAGCGGAAUCAGCACUUAUCUUGCCAGCUUUAACCUCGCUCCUCGGCAGAUUUGGAUUACCCGACAUGGCCAGAGUGUCGAUAACGAGAUCGGAAGAUUGGGUGGAAACUCGGCCCUGACUGAGCGCGGACAUUGCUACGGUCAGGCUCUUCACAACUUCAUCACUUAUCAGCGCAAGCAAUGGUGUAUGGAGCAAAAGAGCAAGAAGGCUCAGGCUUCUUUCCCUCCUAUUCCAGGCGACAACACACCUCCUUAUCCUGAACUGAACCGAGAAAUUGAAGACAAGAACUUUUGCGUUUGGACUUCAAUGCUUGACCGCAGUGUGGAAACAGCCGAGUAUUUUGAAGCCGACGACGACUACGAUGUCAAGAAUUGGGAGAUGCUCAACGAAAUGAAUUCGGGUCAGUUCGAGGGCUGGACAUAUGCUGAGAUCGCGAAGAAGGAGCCCGAGGAGUUUGCCAAGCGAGCGCACGACAAGCUCAACUACAUCUAUCCUGGAGUUGGUGGCGAAGGCUAUCUUCAGGUUGUUAGCCGUCUGCGCGAUAUGGUUCGAGAAGUUGAGCGUAUCGAGGAUCAUCUUCUCAUCAUUGGACAUCGCUCUGUUUGCCGAGUCUUGAUGGCUUAUUUCAUGGAUUUGUCCCUGGCAGACAUCACAGAUAUGGACAUUCCUCUGGGCAUGCUCUACUCUAUUGAGCCCAAGCCUUACGGUCUCGAUUUCCAUGCCUACCGGUAUAAUGAGGAUCAGGGUUGGUUUGAGGAGCUGCCCAACUACAAGCCUCAGAAGACUGCUCGCAACAGCAUCAUCAAGCCACAACAUUAA